AUGAAGAUGAUGAUGACGUGCAUUUCCCUCGUUCUUCCAUAGCUCUGAUUGUAACAAGUAUUAUUUACAGUGACAGACGAAUUCAUCUUCACAAGGAAGAAUGGGGAACAAAAUCGCCCGUACGACCCAAGCAUCGGCGACCGAGUACUACCUUCACGACCUGCCGUCAUCGUAUAAUCUCGUUCUGAAAGAAGUUCUUGGCCGUGGCCGUUUCCUUAAGUCGAUUCAGUGUAAGCACGAUGAAGGACUUGUCCUCGUUAAGGUAUACUUCAAAAGAGGCGAUUCAAUCGAUCUACGUGAGUACGAGCGUCGACUUGCUCAAAUUCGUGAGAUCUUCCGUGGUCUCGAUCAUCCUCAUUGCUGGCCUUUUCAGUUUUGGCUAGAAACAGACAAGGCAGCUUAUCUUCUUAGACAAUAUUUCUUCAACAAUCUUCAUGAUCGGCUGGGUACUAGGCCUUUCCUCAGUGUUGUAGAAAAGAAAUGGUUGGCUUUUCAGUUACUUUAUGCAGUUAAACAAUGUCAUGAAAAGGGAGUUUGUCAUGGUGAUAUUAAGUGCGAAAAUGUUCUUGUUACGUCAUGGAAUUGGUUAUACCUUGCUGAUUUUGCAUCGUUCAAACCCACGUACAUUCCUUACGAUGAUCCAUCGGAUUUUUCAUUUUUCUUUGACACUGGAGGAAGAAGGCGUUGUUAUCUCGCACCUGAGAGAUUUUAUGAGCAUGGAAAUGAGAUUCAUGUCCCACAAGAAUCACCUCUAAUUCCCUCCAUGGACAUUUUUGCUGUGGGCUGUGUCAUUGCUGAACUAUUUCUGGAGGGUCAACCACUUUUUGAAUUAUCUCAACUUCUGGCCUACCGGAGAGGGCAAUAUGAUCCUAGCCAACAUCUUGAGAAGAUUCCAGAUGCUGCCAUCCGAAAAAUGAUCCUUCACAUGAUACAGCUGGACCCAGAAUUACGGCUUUCAGCUGAAGAAUACCUUCAGAGCUACACAAGUGUUGUAUUUCCGAACUAUUUUUCACCGUUUCUGCAUAACUUCUUUGCCCACUUGAAUCCAUUUGACAGCGACAAAAGGGUAUUUGCAUGUCAGACAAUUUUUCCGGAAAUUCACAGACAAAUGAUGGGUAAUCAAUUGAACAACGAAAGUGUUGGUCUGAUAACACCUUCAACCACCAAUGUUGGCCACUUAUCACAGCAGAUGAAUACUAAUCAAACCUCGGUUUCAGGAAGAGAACCAGUAAUGAAAAGCUCUUCUUCUCAUGGUCGGCUUGAACUUCUCAGCGACAUCAACAAUUUAGCCAGGGAUGUAAAAACAACCAAGCUAGAUUCUGUUAAGAAUGUGGCUAUUAAGAGCAUGCCAGCUUCUCAUAAGGGAGAACAAUGUGAUAUCCAGUCCCCAGACGAACUCCUUCAAUCCAUGUCUAGCGUGUUUAAAAGAAAUCAUCAUCCUUUUGUGAAAAAGAUCACACUGGAUGAGUUAAAUGUAUUUACGUCAGAUAAUGAGUAUCAAUCAGAUAACUUUGGAGUACCUUUCUCUCCAUUACCUGAUGAUAAAGUGAGCUGUGAAGGUAUGGUCUUAAUUGCGACACUGCUGUGUUCCUGCAUACGCAAUGUCAAGUUCUCUUAUUUGAGGAGGGUAGCCGUACUUUUAUUGAAGGCUUGUGCAUUAUAUAUAGAUGACGAAGAUAGAUUGCAGCGUGUUAUUCCAUAUGUAGUUGCUAUGUUGUCUGAUCUAUCAUCAAUUGUGCGUUGUGCUGCUUUGGAAACACUAUGUGACAUAUUGCCUUUAGUUCGAGACUUUCCACCUAGUGAUGCUAAAAUAUUUCCAGAGUAUAUUCUUCCAAUGCUUUCCAUGGUUCCUGAUGAUCUAGAGGAAAGUGUGAGGAUCUGUUAUGCCAGCAGUAUAUCUAAACUAGCAUUAACUUCUUAUGGGUUUUUAAUUCAUUCAAUUAGCUUGAGUGAGGCUGGUGUUCUCACUGAAUUAAACCCACCUAAUAAAUUAGCUUCUUCUGUUACGGAAGAUAAACUGCAGAAAUUAAAUGCCACUGGACAGCUUGCACAAUUAAGAAAGUCAAUAGCUGAGGUCAUUCAGGAACUUGUAAUGGGUCCAAAGCAAACACCAAAUAUCAGAAGAGCACUCUUACAAGAUAUUGGCAACCUUUGUUGGUUUUUUGGCCAGAAACAGAGCAAUGAUGUUUUGCUGCCUAUACUCCCUGCUUUUCUUAACGAUAGAGAUGAGCAGCUAAGAGCCAUGUUUUACCAGCAAAUUGUCUAUGUUUGCUUCUUUGUCGGACAAAGAAGUGUAGAGGAAUAUCUUUUACCCUACAUUGAGCAGGCUUUAAGUGAUACUUCAGAACCUGUCAUUGUGAAUGCCUUGGAUUGCUUAGCAAUGUUAUGCAAGAAUGGUUUUUUGCGGAAGAGGAUACUUCUUGAAAUGAUUGAGCUUGUUUUUCCAUUACUAUGUUUUCCCAGUCAAUGUGUAAGGAAGUCAGCAGUUACUUAUAUUGCAGCUAUUAGUGAUAGUUUAGGUCCAGUUGAUUCUUACGUUUUCCUUGUUCCUCGUAUACAUCCUUUCCUCCGUAGGCAACCAUCUUCUUUAGCUUCAGAAACGGCCCUUCUGUCAUGUCUAAGGCAUCCUGUUACUAGGCAAGUGUUCUAUGAAGUGUUAGAAAAUGAUAGUAGAGCAUCAUCAGACAUGUUAGAGAGACAAAGGAAGAUUUGGUACAAGUCCACAUCACAGUUCAAACAGUGGGAGACUGUAGAUUUACCGAAAAGAGAAUCUGAAGACUUGGAUCCAAUGAUGAGCUGGUCUGACAAGCCUUUUGGUAGUUCUAAGGAGUUGUUCAACCUUUCUGAACACAGUGAGGGUGAUGCUAAGAUGAGUAUGAUGAAAAGCUUUGCGCCAAAUUCUACUGUGGCGACUGAGAGUCGUGACUAUCUUUUCCAGGAAAAAACUCAGUUAUCUAGCUCCAUAUCUCCACAGGCAAACGGUGUCAGUAGCUUGUUUUAUGAUAAGCCAUCACACGGCAUACCUUUGUAUUGUUUCAAAGAGGAUAAGCGAGCUGUUGAAAAACCUUCUGCAGCUUCUGAGUCAUCCUUACAACUGAAUGAUCUACGGUUUAGUUCUUUAUCCACCCCUUGGUUGGAUACAGUGAAUAACUCACUAAGCUUAGCUAGUUCAGUUCCAGCACCUAAACUCGUAUCUGGUUCAUUCAGCAUUAUGGGUGGUGGAUCAAAACAGUUUCACAGGGUGGUUCAUGAAGCAGACGGUCGAGACAACGAUCAAAUCGCUUAUAUCAACAGUAAAUUUCAAGACAAUUCGGAAGAUAUCUCUUCACCAACCGAGAAUAUCGGUUUACCAUCCUUUCCUCGUUCAUCUUCGAUUCCAGAUUCAGGUUGGAGGCCAAGAGGGGUGCUGGUGGCACACCUUCAAGAACAUCGUUCUGCUGUCAAUGACAUUGCAGUUUCUUCUGACCAGAGCUUUUUCGUGAGUGCUUCUGAUGACUCCACUGUUAAGGUAUGGGAUUCGAGAAAGUUGGAGAAGGACAUUUCGUUUAGAUCAAGACUGACCUAUUCACUUGAAGGAAGUCGCGCACUGUGUGUUACUAUGCUUCAGAGCUCUGCACAAGUGUUUGUUGGGGCUUGUGAUGGAACGAUACAUAUGUUCUCAGUCGAUUAUAUCUCUAGAGGACUUGGGAGUGUAGUUGAGAAAUAUACGGGCAUUGCUGACGUAAAAAAGAGGAGUGUCGGUGAAGGUGCCAUACUCAGUCUUCUGAGUUACCUUUCCGAUGAUGAGGGCAAGCAGAUGAUUAUGUACAGCACACAAAAUUGUGGGAUUCAUAUCUGGGAUGUUAGAUCAAAUUCAACAGCGUGGAAUUCAAAGGUGAAGCCUGAGGAGGGCUAUGUCUCUUCUUUGGCAACAGGGCCAUGUGGCAAUUGGUUUGUUUCAGGAUCUUCUAGGGGUGUGCUUACUCUUUGGGAUCUGAGAUUCUGCAUACCUGUUCACUCUUGGCAGUAUUCUAAUCCAUGUCCUAUUGAGAAAAUCUGUCUUUUCCUUCCACCUGCAAAUGCAGCUAUGUCUACUGCUUCAAGGCCUCUUGUUUAUGUUGCUGCUGGUUCUAAUGAAAUUUCACUCUGGAAUGCUGAAAAUGGGAGCUGCCAUCAGGUUCUGAGGAUGGCGAGUUAUGAAAAUGAGGGUGACUCAUGUGAGAAACCUUGGGCCUUAAGCAGACCGUCUUCAAACAAAGGAAACCUGAAAGCAGAUCUUAGACGGAAUUUGAACCCAAAAUAUAGAGUUGACGAGCUCAAUGAACACCCCCAUCGUCUUCCUGGAAUACGAUCGUUGCUCCCAUUGCCUGGCGGAGAUAUAUUAACUGGCAGUACAGACUUGAAAAUCCGGCGUUGGGACCAUUGCAGUCCCGAUCGAAGUUACUGUGUCUGUGGGCCGUCGAUAAAGGGUGUUGGAAAUGAUGAUUUUUACGAGACAAAAUCUAGCUGUGGAAUGCAGAUAGUACAGGAAACGAAAAGGCGGCCACUAGCAACGAAACUAACGGCGAAGACAGUUCUUUCAGCUGCUGCGGUUGAUUCAGCAGGUUGUCAUCAUGACUCGAUCUUGUCUUUGGCUUCGGUGAAGCUGAACCAGAGACUUUUGAUAUCGAGCAGUAGAGACGGGGCUAUAAAGGUUUGGAAGUAAAUAUAUAUAUAUAUAUAUAUGUUAUACCACUGAUUUAUGAACAUUUUGUGUACAUAUUUAGAUCUCUUCUAAAAGGAUUUGUUUUUCUUAUUGAGAUUAUGAUGAUACCUCAGAAACAUAUCAUUUAUUUGGUAACAAUUGUGUUCUUAUUUAGAUUAAUGAAAAAUGUAUAUAGUUCAAAACAUACCUUCUAUUUGGUUCUAUUUUGGAAUAUAUUAUAUUUUGA